AUGGCUAAAAUAAAAUCGAAUUUAAAAAGUAAAAUUUCGAAUUGGAUAGCUCCUUACAACGAAAAUAAAGAAGUAUUUACAUUAGAUGGAAAGGUUAUAUAUUGUCUCGUAUGUAACAAAUGUGUGUCUACUAAAAAAAAAUAUCUAUUAGAUCAUCAUUCUAAAAUUAUGAACCAAAUAAUUAGAUACAUUGGAAAUAAUUACGUUUACAUAAUUAUUGACAAAACAACCGAUCCAAAAGGUUUGUAUAAAUAAUUUUCUUAAUUUUUCAUACUAUUAAAUAUACUAUUUUCGUUUAGAUUUGGCUAUUGCAAAUUUAUUAAUCGGUAAAUUAGAUGGGACGCCUAAUAAAUCAUAUUUAGUUGCAUGUAAAGAACUAGAAUCCACCAAUUAUGAAACUAUUUGUCAGUUUACUAAUUCCUCGUUAAAAAUAUUUCCUGGUAUUGAACAAAAAGUAUUAAUUUUUAUUAGUGAUGCUGGUACUUAUACGAUCAAAGCAGUAAACACAUGCAAAAUAUUUUUCCCGAAAUUAAUUCAUACUACAUGUAUGGCGCUCGUAGCUAAUAGAAUUCUAGAGAAAAUUCGAGAAUUGUAUCCCGACAUUAAUAAAUUGAUUAACGAUGGUAGUAUAUUAAGUAAUUAUUUAAAAUUUAAAUACAUAUGUAACUUAUUUCGUUUAUUUCAGGAAAAAUAGCUUUCCUAAAAGCACCAUCGAGAAUAAAUAAAUACAGAAAAUAA